AACAUCGUGACGUCAUCGCAUGCAAUGGCCGCCAGCGGUACAGCUGUGAUGGUGCUGACUCCAAAUGGAAGACGACAGACAGUUAAAGUGCUUCCGAACACACCGUUAUUGCAGGUGCUGGAAGAGGUAUGCAGAAAGCAUGAAUUCAACCCCGACAAUUACGGCUUGAAGUUUCAGAGGACUGUUCUUGACCUGACGCUGCAGUGGAGGUUUGCUAACUUGCCCAAUAAUGCCAAGCUGGAAAUGGUGCCAAGUACAAGGAACCAGACCCUACCUGAUAGUCAGGUGCGGAUCGCGCUGCAGAUGGAGGAUGGCUCUCGCCUCCAGGGUUGUUUUUCUUGUGGUCAGAGUCUUUGGGAACUGCUGACACAUUUUCCUCAAAUCAGUGUGUCAGAGCUGUCCCAGGCUGGUUCCACCCCCGUGUGUGUUUACAUGCGAGAUGAGGUGUGUGGGGAAGAGGCCCUCAAGAAGGCCACUCUGAAAUCAUUGGGCCUCACUGGAGGAAGUGCCAUUGUCAGGUUUUUGUUCAAAAAGAACAAAGCCAUAGAAGAGGAAGAUAGCAUGGAUACAACUCAAGCCGCCACUGAUGAAUACCCAGCUAGCUCAGCCACUCAGCCUGCUCCAUCACUUUCACAAAGCUCAGCAUCCGAUGCAAAACAUAAACACUCCAACACUACUCUGCCAAAGGAAAUUGUUCCUGCUCCCUCUCCCGUUUCUGCCAUGAGCACACUCCCAGUUCAACAGGACAGUGUAGCCAAAGUCCAAGAUGGAGCUCAACCAGUUGGAAGAGGAGUGCCGGAGCAUGAUGGCCAGGAAGCAGGACCAUCAAGCUUAAUCUCCCAGCCAUUCAUUCCUUUUUCUGGUGGCGGUCAGCGCCUUGGCGGUCCAGGAGGAAGUGCAGUCAGACCCUCCUCUUCUGUAUCAUCUUCAUCUCUGACAUCUGCAGUAGAAUCACCCAAAGCCAAGAAAUCCAAGCCUUCCCACAGUUCAGCCACCACGGUGCGACAGAAGCACGGACCCACUGCCAACAAUUCAAAUGAGGACAUUGAUGAAGCAGCGAAGUUCUUAGAGCCGGUGGAGAGAGAGCCCCUCGUCUACCAUAUGGAAUCUCUGUCCCGUCACGCAAAAGAAGACGUCGAGUUGCCGGAUGAGUUUUUUGAAGUGACGGUGGAUGAUGUACGGAAGCGCUUUGCCCAGCUGAAGAGUGAAAGGAAAUUGUUGGAGGAGGCACCCCUGAUGACUAAAAGUCUUCGAGAAACUCUGAUGAAAGAGAAGAUGGACAGAUACCCCAAAGUGGUCCUGAGGGUCCAGUUUCCAGAUGGACACGUUCUCCAGGGCUUCUUCCGCCCCCUUGAGACAGUCGGGGCUGUGAUGCAUUUUGUAAGGAGCCACUUGGAGGAUCCACAGCUCACUUUUUACUUGUUCAUCACCCCUCCAAAAAAAAUUCUGGAUGAUCUCGGUGUCACACUUUUCCAGGCCGACCUGUUUCCUGGGGCUCUGGUGUACUUCGGCUGUGACGUGAAGACAGACUUCUACUUAAAGAAGGAACUCCUCAGCUCUUCUGUCUCGGCUUUACAAGCAAAUGAAUCCAUUGCAAGCUGCAUGCUCCAGUCAGCAGAACAUUCCCCCGGCUCUUCGGCCACUGCAGACGCGAUGCCUGCUUCUCUCCAGCCAUCUCCUGACACCAGCGCAUCCACAGAGGGCGGUGAAAACUUGUCCGCAAACAUCCCCCAGGCUGCUAAGACCAACAGAUCUGAUGUGGGCAAGGUGCCCAAGUGGCUAAAGCUUCCAGGUAAGAAAUAAGACGGGCCAACCAACAUGUGCAGACCAGGCCUCGGCGGGGAAGAUGGCUGCCACAUUGGACUGUGUGAGGUAAAGACUCGCUGAGUGAAGAAGUUAGAUUUCAUUGGCAAUCUGACAGAAGACUGCUGAUGUGUGGGGGUUUCAAAGUGACACGGCUUCAAAGUGACUUCAAUAAAAUUGCUGAUUCACCCAUGUGAAUUUGGACCUCUCAAAAGUGACAUUUGUUAGUGUUCUUCCCCACACUUCCAUGCAGCUUAGGACUUCAAUGACCACUUACUACUUCCCUAGCUGGGCUGGAUGUGCUGCCCCCUGUUGGCCUUUAUGUGGUAAUUAGAGGUGGAACGUUUGACUGUACUAGAUACAAGUGUGGCGCACCGGAAGCGUCAAGUUUAUUUAUAAAGCCCAUAAUCACAAAAAGGGCUUAACAAGCAGGCAACGAUAGACGAUAGUGACUAGCUUUAAGGACGUGGGAGGCUUGGUCAUUUCAUCUUGAUAACACGCGGACAAAUUCAAGUUCAAGUUCAAAAACACUUUAUUUAUCCCCGAGGGGCAAUUUAAAGGACACAGAGAGCAGCAUAUCGAAUAAAAAUGUAGAAAGCAGACAAAGACAAGUAAAAGAGCAGACACAAACUGAACAUACAUGUACCUAAGAGAAUAAAUAGUAAUUAAAUAAUUUUAAAAGUAUAACAAGCUAAUGAGUGGCGUCACAAUUUUUUCAGAUGGCUUUGUGGACGAAAAGUAUAAAAGCAGGUGGUUAUGCAAGGAGUGCGUCAUGUAGUGAUGGAAUGGGCCUCAGCACAAGAAGAAAAAAUCAUUAGAUGACACUUAUUCAGCACAAAAAAGUUGGUUUUCUUACUUUUUGGGCUUCCAAAGCAAGAAAACCUUGCUUGAACUUUGCUGAACCUUGCUGAACUCAUGAGGUCUGUACUUGUCUAUGUUGGAGUGUAAGUGUAAAAGUGCCAAAUAAACUGGAAAAA